UGUGACUCGAUCUAUUUUUAGUUAUAUAUGUCCGCUAAUUUAUUGUCCUGAUGCGGAAAUUCUUCAUUGUAUAAUUUCGAAACUAACAUUAACAGUUUAAUCCACCAAGGAUAAUUUUGUUCGUUUGGGAAAUUGAUCUUACGGUGGAUAGCUUAGCAACAUUGACACAGCCACUUGUUAAGACAUGCAUGUAAAAAUUGGAAUUUACGUAACUUCGAUUUUGCUGCUCGUUUGCAUUGUUCAGACAUCAUGUAAAAAAUAUGAACCAAACUGGGAGUCGAUAGACUCACGACCUCUGCCUGGUUGGUUCGAUGAUUCGAAAGUCGGCAUUCUUAUUCAUUGGGGUGUGUUUUCUGUUCCUUCGAUUUUAUCAGAAUGGUUCUGGUAUCAGUGGAAAACAAGGACUCCUGUUCUGGUUGACUUCAUGAAAGAGAAUUAUCGACCCGAUUUCACCUAUCCAGACUUUGCACCACAAUUAACAGCCGAGUUUUUCGAUGCAGAAGAAUGGGCUAAUUUGUUGAAGCUUUCUGGAGCCAAGUAUGUAGUAUUAGUUGCCAAGCACCAUGAAGGUUAUACCAUGUGGCCCUCCAACUAUUCCUGGAACUGGAACAGUAUGGAUGUCGGCCCUAAAAGAGAUAUUGUUGGAGAGGUUGCAGACGCUAUUCGGAAGAAUACAGACAUGCAUUUUGGACUUUACCACUCCUUGUUUGAAUGGUUCAAUCCAAUAUUUGAGCAAGAUAGAGCUAAUGGUUUCAAAACACAAGAUUUUGUUUCAAUGAAGACAAUGCCAGAACUGUACGAAAUUGUCAAUAAGUACAAACCGGAAAUAAUAUGGUCAGAUGGUUCACAUGCUGCCAAGGACGACUACUGGAACGCUACAAAUUUUCUUGCUUGGCUUUACAACGACAGUCCAGUUAAAGACUAUGUUGUGACCAAUGAUAGAUGGGGUGUCAAUGACAACUGUAUACAUGGUGGAUUUGUGAAUUGUGGAGACAGAUUCAAUCCAAAGGUACUACAUAAGAGAAAAUGGGAGAAUGUAAUGACACUCGAUCGUUACUCCGCUGGAUACAGACGAAAUGCUAAACUUGCUGAUUACUUUUCUGUACAUGAACUGUUGACAGAGGUCGCUCAAACUGUCAGUUGUGGUGGAAAUAUAUUGAUUAAUGUUGGGAUAACAAAAGAAGGCACAAUCACACCAGUAUUUCAGAAUAUAUUGCUGAAACUUGGUGGAUGGCUUGAAGUCAACGGAGAAGCCAUUUAUGGUUCCAGACCCUGGUUAUAUCAAAGUGACAAUGUAACAAAAGACGUUUGGUACACCUCCAAUAUGGUUGAACAAGAUGUAUUUGUGUAUGCAAUCAUGUUAUCCUGGCCAAGGAACAACAACACCAUAACCCUAGGAUCAACAAUUAUGACAACAACUACAACCGUUGUCAGCAUGUUAGGAUAUAAUGGCAACUUUUCUUGGAGACCGAACUCAUAUGGAGGAAUAAAUGUUACUAUACCAGCAAUACCUAUAAACUUGAUGCCAAGUGUAGAUGCAUGGGUACUCAAGAUAUCAGGACUGAAAAAUGUUUCUAAACGUACUUAAAUAUCUUCAGUGUUUGUUCAGCUUUACUUUUUGUACAAAUUAACUUACUUUUCAUAUUUUUAUAGUGUUAACUUUAUUAUUAUUUUUAAAUACAAUAUGCAUGUUGUAUUUUUUGAUAUCUGCUCUUUCACCCUAUUUUACAAAUAUGUUAUGAUAAGAAGAAUCAUGAAUGGUCAUUCAAAGAAACAUGAUACAAAUGUGUGUUUAUAUUUAUUUAUAAAUUCAAUAUUCUACAUUAAUUGUCAGAUAAACAAAAUAAAUAUUGCUUUAUACAUGUGCAUGAGUGCCGCUGACAUUAUACAAUGACAAUUAUUAUAAUAAAAUCAAAUACAUUUA